AUGUUGUGGUUAGGAGCAAAUGGCCUCAGAAGACGAGGAAGACAAACGUACACUAGAUAUCAAACACUAGAGUUAGAGAAAGAGUUCCACACGAAUCACUACCUCACACGGAGGAGACGCAUAGAAAUGGCGCACGCUCUCUGUUUGACGGAGCGACAAAUCAAAAUAUGGUUCCAGAAUCGAAGGAUGAAGUUAAAGAAAGAGAUUCAAGCUAUAAAGGAGUUGAAUGAACAAGAAAAACAGGCGCAAGCACAGAAAGCAGCGGCGGCAGCGGCAGCGGCCGCGGCUGCCGCGCAAGGCCAUCCCGAACACUAA